AUGAAGUAUCCGGCAGCUGUCAUUCCUGAAGGAAUCAGCAAACAUGUGCACAGGAGCAGAUAUUUUAUUGCUGGGGGAAUAGCAGGAGCUACUUCUCGUACAUCAACUGCUCCUCUUGAUCGUCUAAAGGUAGUCUUACAAGUUCAGACUGGACGAGCUCCUAUUAUGCCGGCAGUGAUGAAGAUAUGGCAACGAGAUGGUUUAUUAGGGUUUUUCCGUGGUAAUGGAUUGAAUGUUGUCAAGGUAGCUCCAGAGAGUGCCAUCAAGUUUUAUGCUUAUGAAGUGCUGAAAAAUGUAAUUGGAGAUGCUCAACAGGGCAAGUCAGAUAUCGGUACUGCAGGAAGACUUUUUGCAGGUGGCAUGGCUGGUGCAGUUGCGCAGAUUGCUAUCUACCCAAUGGAUCUUGUCAAAACUAGGUUACAGACUUGUGCUCCUGAUGGUGGAAGGGUUCCUAAACUUGGUACACUUACAAAGGAUAUAUGGGUCCAUGAGGGACCUCGGGCUUUCUAUAGAGGGCUUGUUCCAUCCCUUCUGGGUAUGAUUCCUUAUGCAGGGAUUGAUCUUACUGCAUAUGACACCUUGGAAAAACUUUCCUCAACAAUUGCAAUUUCAGUUGGUGGUUUACGACUUUUGAGUUUCGAGAUUUUGACCCUUCCAACCCCACUUAACCGCUAUGCAGAUCUAAGUCCAAAGUUAGCAUCUUUCCGUCCUUAA